CGGCGGCGGUACCCAUGGCCCUGCCGGCGGAGGCGGACCGGCUGGAUGGGGGCUGGCAGGAGGUCUACUCCGCGCUCCAGUGGAUCCAGUUCACCAUGGCCAUGCUCAGCGUUGUAGGUUCCAGCUCAAUUAUUGCCUACGCCGUCUUCCAAAACGCAGUGCGGUCCCCCGAGGUGCGUCCCCUUUUCUACCUGAGCCUCUCAGAUCUGCUGCUGGGCAUGUGCUGGCUGGCUGGGGCCCUGCUCUACAGCUCACCCACCUCCCAGCAGGACCUCAUCUGCUACAACCUGCAGGCCACGGGACAGAUAUUCUACGUGGCCUCUUUUCUCUACACUGUCAACUACACCUGGCACCUGUACAUGGACCUCAAGGUGAAAUACAGCCAGAACCUGUUCAGGGUGCCCCCCCAGGUUGUAGAUUAUGCAAGUUGUGUUGGCCGAAUAGCAACGAUCUUGUCAAGCCUGAUCCCUUUCCUCCUCAUGGUGCCGGUGUUCUGCCUGGGCAACAGCAGUAAUUGCUACCAGAACUUCAGCCAGAAGCACGGGUGUCUCCUGAUGCACACGGAGGUGGCCGAGCCCCCCAGCGCUCCGCAGGGCCUGAGCGGCUCCGUUUGCCGCGCCGUGCAUUUCUACGGCAUCGGCGUCUUCCUCGUCUCCUUCCUCAUCAGCUUUGUGGCCAUCCUGGUAAGGCUGGGGCUUGAUCAGCAGCACUUGAGGGAUGAAGAACAGGAGGAAUCCUCAGAUCCCACCUUCCUCUCUGGCUGCAAUUCCAACAAAUCCUGA